GCUCGCGGCUGAUGCCAGCCGACUUGCCCUUUCUUGGAUAAUUCUUUCGCGACGGCUUUUCCCGCCUCGGCCGACGGCCUGUUGGGCGCAUGCGCAGAAGAAGUCGACAGGGCCGUGACUGUUGCUGGGGGAUACGCAAAGGAGGAAGCGUCGAUGGACGUGCGGGAAAGUGUGCGCAUGCGCCUUGGGAGGAAGAAGAAACGGCGGGAUUCAGGGGACGCAUGUGAGAAUGUCCAUCGUAACCAUACAACUUGGUCAGUGUGGCAACCAGAUUGGGCGUGAGGUGUUUGAUACCAUCUGCACAGACCUCCACAGCAACCAGGGAUUGUGCUCCAAGAAGGAGAAUGAUUCUUACCAGACAGCUUGCAAAGAACGUUUCUUUGAGGAGAAACCAGGAGGUAUGGUUGCUCGGGCUGUCCUGGUCGACAUGGAACCUAAAGCGAUCAACCAGACUUUAUCCUUGGCCUCAAGGACGGGGCGUUGGACAUACGGCCCCCGGUCUGCCUUCUGUCAAAAACAAGGCUCAGGAAACAAUUGGGCAAACGGCUACUGCAUUCACGGUCCCAGGCACGAAGAGGCCAUCCUGAACCUGAUCCAGAAGGAAGCGGAAAAGUGUGACCGCCUCGGCGGCUUCUUGAUGAUCAUGAGCAUGGCCGGUGGGACGGGGUCGGGCCUGGGGGCGUUUGUGACGGCAGCCCUAAGAGAGGUGUAUCCAAACUCCUUCCUGCUCAACCACGUCAUCUGGCCCUAUGGAACCGGGGAGGUUAUUGUCCAAAAUUACAACUCUGUCCUGACACUCUCACACUUAUACCAGUCCUCGGAUGCCCUACUGGUUCAUGAGAACGAUGCCAUCCAUAAGAUCUGCCUGCAGCUGAUGAACAUCAAACAGAUUUCUUUCCAGGAUAUCAACCGAGUGAUUGCACAUCAGUUGGGAAGUGUCUUCCAGCCUGCUUACUCCUCCGAAGGGGCGGCUCACUACAGCAGGUCCCCUUUAGGGGACCUGAUGGAAGCCUUAGUUCCCCACCCAGAGUUCAAGGUAUUGGGCCUCCGGAAUAUCCCUCAAAUGUCUGAGAGUUCCCUUGCCUACACCACCUUUGCUUGGCCUGGGCUCCUGAAGCACCUCAGGCAGAUGCUCAUCGCAAAUGCAAAAAUGGAGGAAGGUAUUGACUGGCAGGUGCGGCCCCCAGCCACCAGAGUUCCCGCAGCUCAGAAACCAUCUUUAAAUCGGACAGUUAAUUUUAAUACUUCAGUCGCCAACCUGGUCACUCUGCGAGGGAAAGAGGCGCCGUGUGCAGAUCUGGGUGGUUUCCAGGAUCCGGCCUUGUACACUUCCUGGCUAAAUUCUCCGCAGGCUUUGAGCAUCUGGAAGACCCCGAGAGCCUUUAAUAAGUAUGAGAAGUCUGCAUCUUUGGUCAGCAAUAGCCAGUUUUUGCUCACCCCUCUCAACAGUCUAGUGGGCAAGGCUUGGAAAAUGUUUGCUUCCAAGGCUUACGUUCACCAGUAUUCAAAGUUUGGGAUUGAAGAAGAUGACUUUCUGGGCUGUUUCACAACUUUGGAGCAAGUGAUUGCCAGCUAUAGCAGCCUCUGAUUUUCAAAUCUAUCUUUGAAUGGUUUGGGAUGGCAUUUCAGCUUUUUAGUUCCAAAAAAUGGGUAACAAGAGUACCCAAGUGCUAUAUGCAUUUCCAAGAUGAUGAAGAAUGGAAUAAGGAAUGUCUAUUGUGCACCCAUCCCAACGGAGCACAUGGAUUCUGCAAUGCCUUACAAAUGCAGGAGCUCCCACACCUAUGGAGGUCCCCUCCAAGAACCGAGGAGCUGCACAUUUUCGGUGGAGGAAGUACAUUCAGUGGCAGGUCCUUGAAAUGGGGUGGUGUGCUCAGCUUUGGAUCACACCAGGCACUGUCAGUGAUUGGAGAUAACCCUUUUUUCAUUUGCCACCAUGUGUAUUUUCUACAUUCCUAGUUUUAUGUGUUUUGAAUGGAAUAUAUAAAUUAAUUUAUGACAUCUGCCUGGGUGAAUACUCAUUUUUCUUCCUAUAGCAACAGCAUGGGGUAACUUGAUUUGAGAAAAGGUGGCUUAGUAAAGUUGCCCUGUUUGGGGACCGGUUUGUAUAACCCCAUACAAAGCCAGCUCCCCUUUCUGCUGUUUUGAGAUUGCCAAGAAAUGAGGAGCUUUUGGUUUUUCUGCAAAUCCAGAGAGAUGCUUGACAAAUGGAAUUCCUUGUGGCUGCUGUGAAAAAAAAAAAGUCUAUAUACAAUUGUGAUGCUCGUUUGUAUCCCACAAGUCGCUUGUUCACGAAGAACUCCAGUACUAUUAUUUGGGGG